UCUGUUCAAGAAGUGUAUCAGAGUUGUCCUCAUAUAGACUGUCUAAGAACAAGGAUGAUAAUAGGAACUGUAUCCUUACACCUCUAAACCUAUCCCAAACCAUGAGCAAACGAAAACUGAGUCUCAAGUGGUUUGAAAGUCUGUCCAAUCUCUCCAUCCGUCGUUCAUCAGACAAGACAGACCCCAAGAUAACCUCAAAGCCUGAUGGGAGCCGCAGUGACACAACUUUGGGGGCCAACUCAGUUGAUGACAUGGAUACCAGCCUCCACAGUCCAGGCUAUGCUCGCUCCAGUGACAUGUACACACACGUAGGUACCGUGCCUCGAAAGGAGAGGCAGAAAAGCAGCAAGGGGUCAAAUAAAAAAAGGAGUAGCAAAGGUGAGAUCAGUAGAGGGCAGAGCCAGUGUCAAGCUGGGGACUAUGUACAAGAUUCUCCUCUUCUGAGUGCCCUGUCUAGUGCCCAUCUUUUUUCUUUAGAGAAACCAUUGCCUGGUGGCCUUACAGGGAAAACACUGCCAGUGGUUCAGGCCCCCACCCACUCUCCCUCAUCCAGCUGUGACACAGAUACACUGCCAUCCCGUAAAGGCUCAUAUGAGGUACCCAAGACCUCAGCACUUAAUAAACCCUCAGGAAAUCAAGAUCCACCAUUGACAAGUGAGGACCACUCAGGGGUCAAUGCAGCCAGGACCAGGACCAAUCCUUGUGUGCCUGACCCUGCCACUAUGCCUUCCUCCCAGAGCACUCAGUACUACUCUGGCCCAGUGUCACCCACAGCGCUUACCAAGGACUUGUAUGAGGUGAUGGACCCUAUUGUAGAGGUGGUCCACAGAGAUACAGAGGAGAAGACACAGGAUGAUGAAAGCAGGACUCUGGGAGAUUCACAGGGGAUGGAGACAUUUGACUGCCAAUUGGAUCCCAUUGAUAGCAAAUGCGAAUAUGUGAAGUUCUCCAAGGAGAGGUUCUGGUUGGACGUCCCAUCUGAGAAGCUGCGCAGAGAGCUGGAGGAGGAGCUGAAACUCAGCAGCAGCAACCUGCUGAGCCACGGCUGGUACCAUGGACACAUCCCCUGGGAGGUGUCAGAGACUCUGGUGUUGCACCAUGGUGACUUCCUCAUCCGAGACUCUCUCUCCAGCCUGGAAGACUAUGUGCUGACCAGCCGCUGGAACCACAACACCCUGCACUUCCUAAUAAGCAAGGUCCUGCUUCAGACCAGUGAGACCUACACCCGGGUCCAGUACACCCUGGAGGGAGAGGCCUUCGACUCCGUGCCUGCUUUGGUUCACUUCUACGUGGGGAACAGGAUGGUUUUGACUCAUCAGAGUGGGGCUCAGAUCCACAGUCCCGUUAAUCGUACAUUACCACUACACUACUUGGAGGCAGCCUUCACUCUGGCCAACCACAAGGGCUAUCUGAACUCUCCCUCCUGUCAGAAAGAGGCUCUGGUCAAGAGCCGGAGUGGGAAUGUGAUGGACAAGAUCUGCCCGCUGAGCCCUUCUACUGUUCACCACAGGGAGGCAGUCAGGAGCUGUAGCUUCAACUUGGAUCAGAUUGAGAAAAUCCAUCAGCCCUCUUCACCUAUUGGAGAGAACCCACUCCCUUCACCAAUCAUCAACCAGCAGCCCAGGAGUCCACAUGUCAUCAGAGUGCCAGGGGUGGCUCCCUCUCCAUCUGUCUCCAGACGCUCCAGCAGCAGGACCCAACCCUUUCCUUCACCCUCCCCCAACAACAACACAAAACAGACCACCAGAGUCCAGGCCUCCCCAACCCACAUAUAUCUGAUUCCAGACACAGAUAGCAGCUACAGCCAGCUCUGUCCUGCCACCCCACCAGCUCAGAGUUAUGUGAAGCGGCUGUGUGCGGAAGAGGAGGGUCUGAGUGUUGUAGACCCUGUGAAGGAGGAGAAUGUGUAUGAGGUCCCUAUAGUGGAAACAGCCUCUGCCUUCCGGCCUAGUAGGUACCAGUCCCCACUGAUGCCCAAGGAGAACAGGCCCCUGGAGGUGGGGGUGCUGAGGAGGGUCAAGGAGCUGCUAGCCCAGGUGGAUGCCAAGACAGCGGCUAAACACAUCACCAAGGCUGACUGCAUGGUCGCCAGGAUAUUGAACGUGACUCCGGAGAUGCAGAGGAAGAUGGGUGUAAGUUCUGGGAUGGAGCUACUGACCCUCCCACACGGUCACCAACUCCGUCUGGACCUGCUGGAAAGGUUCCAGACCAUGUCCAUCAUGCUAGCUGUGGAUGUGCUGGGUUGUACUGGCAGCACUGAGGAGAGAGCUUCCCUGCUGCACAAAACCAUCCAAAUGGCUGCUGAGCUCAAGAGCAACCUGGGCAACAUGUUUGGCUUCGCCGCAAUCAUGAGAACCUUAGAGCUGCCACAGAUCUCCCGUCUGGAGCAGACGUGGAUGGUGUUACGCCAGCGACACACAGAGGGCGCUAUCCUCUAUGAGAAAACCUUGAAGCCUUUCAUGAAGCGCAUGAAUGAUGGGAAAGAGAGCUGUGCAUUAUCCAACACAUCUUUCCCCCACGUGGUGCCCCUCCUGUCCCUCCUGGAGAAGAGUGUGGCGGUGGCAGAUGGGGCAGAGCCGUGGGAGACGGUGGAAGCGGGGAUGGAUGUGGUGAUAAGUCAUCUGGCGGUGGCACGUACCAUGGCACAACUGGGGGGCAACUACUGCUCCAACGCAGAGAACAAACUACAGGGGUUCCAGGAGCAAGCUGAGGUUCUAGAACUCUUCCUCACAGAGUUCCAGAUGAGGUUGCUGUGGGGGAGUCGGGGGGCGGUGGAGAACCAGGCAGAGCGAUACACCAAGUUUGACCAGGUGUUGACUGCUCUGUCCAACAAACUGGAGCCCCCCAUUCAGCACAGUGACCUUUAACCCCAACCCUCAUUGGACUUGAAUGGGUCUUUAUCUUGCCUUUGUCUCUUGAAAUGAGAAGCAACUCCAGUCACGUACUCAGUUUCAACUGACAUGGCUGUACCAGGAAGACUGAGUCAGGACAUUUUAUUUUUCUUUAUGGUUCUCUUAAGAAGCGCUAUGAGAUGGCUUAAGUUCAUGGUUCUGUGUAAUAAGGUAGGCUACUGAUGCUGCUUUAUCAUUUCACAUAAAAAUGUGCUUCAUUACACAGACUUGUGCUGUGAAAUAGUAAACAGAGAAUCAUGCUCUGUUUGCAUAUGGCCUGUCCAAGGUUGUUGCUGCUCCUUUCAAUAUAAAAUACCACCGUUAUAGAAAUGCUUAUGAGAAAAUAAUAUGAAGUAGAUUUGGUCAUGUCUUUGCCAGUAUCAAUAAAUGUUGCUCUUGUAUGUUAUAAUAAGCCUGCUUAUGAAGGCUGCGCCUUACUUAUGAGACUAACUAGCUUAUAACAAGAAGGAAAUUGUGUUCUUUGCUCAGUAGCACUAAGUGGGAAUUGUAUUUGUUACAUUAAUCAUGGUACACAGAGAGUGCAAAGAGUGCAUUCAGUCAGGUAAUAUUCAUGGUCAAUCAAGACUUGCAUUUCAAAACCUAUUUAGCACAUCAUAGUAAACUCUGUCGUGUGUACAUUAACUUAUACUCUAACAUUACUUACAUUAAACAGAACAUUUACUUGCUUAUAACUUAUUAUAAGUCAAUAUGUUUGUAAGAUAUGUAGGGAAAGUGUUAAAAUGAAUAAUGCCACUAGUUGUCCUAGUUCUGUGAUCAGUGAUGAGAGACAAGAAAACCAACCACUACUGCUCAAUCAUGUAUGAUACUGUAUACAUCACUAUGCAAUACAUAUUUACUUAUGGUGCUAUUCACAAAAAUGUGUCUUUAACUUAUGUUUAGCAUUAGUGUAUUUGAUCAUUAAUUCGAUCAAGCUGCCAUUACAUCAGAACAUGCUUUGAUAGGGUCAGUUAUCAAAAAAAUGCACUGAUCUUAGAUCCAAAGGUGCAAAUUAUUUAAUGAUAUGUUUGUAAUCCAAGCCUAUUUGUCCAUGUAUUCAAUGUAAAUGUAAUGGAUAUAUUGACUGACCUGACCAUAUGAUAAACCCUCAUUCUAUAUAGGUGCUAUAAAACAGAUAUACACAGAAAUGUUGUAAUAUAAUUGAAUAAAAAUCAUUUAUUGGUG